UGGGUUGCCUUGCCCGUGCCUGUCAGUGCAGAAUUUGAAUUUGAUCUCAGCCGAAGAUCUGUCACCCACCAGAGAAAGCAAAUCAUUUGUUAAUGUGAAGCUCAGACCCGAGGGUUUAAUUUAAGAUUUUCCUUGUGAUCAUGGUCUUGUAUUUGGACUCCAAUUUGUCCCUUUCACAGGGAUUUCGGCUCAUGUUUUACGCCUUGACCCCAAAUGAAACUAUGUUCAAAGAGAUCGAGGAAGUGCCUGACUACGUAGAUCAGGCUACUCCCUAUUUUGUUGGAUUAAUGAUCAUAGAGCUAGUGGUCACCUGGCUUAAAGAGGGUCAAGGAGCCUAUCGAGUGAACGAUGCACUAACUUCCAUCAGUGCAGGUGUCCUUUCUCGGCUUCCAUAUUUACUGGGCCAAAGUUUUGAGCUGGCAGCCUACAUUUACAUCUGGGAGAACUGCAGGCUCUUCUUCCUUCCCUGGGAUUCGGUCUGGACAUGGUGUUUGGCAUUUUUAGGAGUGGACGUUGCUUACUACUGGCUCCAUCGACUAUCACACGAAGUGAACAUCUUCUGGUCAGGGCACCAAGUACAUCAUAGCUCUGAGGACUACAACCUGACCACAGCCCUUCGGCAGUCUGUGCUGCAGAAAUACUUUACUUGGUUCUUCAAUCUCCCGAUGGCUUUCUUCAUUCCCCCUUCAGUAUUCAUUGUGCAUCUCCAGUUUAACCUCUUGUACCAGUUCUGGAUUCACACAGAGAUAAUUGGUAACCUUGGGCCUCUGGAACUGAUCCUCAACACACCCAGUCACCACAGAGUCCACCAUGGGCGGAAUCAGUACUGUAUUGACAAGAACUAUGCUGGAACUCUUAUCAUUUGGGACAGGAUCUUCGGAACUUUUGAACCAGAAAGUGAGAAAGUCAUCUAUGGCCUAACUCACCCAAUCAAUGCAUUUGAACCUUUCUGGGUGCAGCUCCAUCACUUGCUUUACAUUUGGAAGACAUUCUGGGCUACCCCUGGCAUAAGUAACAAACUUUCUGUCGUCUUCAAGGGACCGGGAUGGGAGCCAGGCAAACCCAGACUUGGCUGUCCCGACGAUCUUCCUAAGAUUACUGGUAAAGAGCUUCCACAUGAUCCCAUGGUCCCUGUGUGGCUUCAGAUCUAUGUUGUAGUGCACUUCAUCAUCAUGAUAGGUGUUUACUCACACAUGUUGGUCAAUAAGUCGACUUUAUCAGAACUCACACUGCUCCUGCGAAUUGGAUACAUUAUCCUGACGCUGACCUGUGCUGGACUAAUAAUGGAGAAUAGACCUGGAGCAGCAAUCCUGGAAACAACCCGAUGCUUCAUUUUUCUGUUCCUUCAAAACCUUGGUUAUAUGGGUUCUCUGGUUGACCCUUUAAAAUUGGCUACUGAGAUUGUCUUUUCUCUGUGUUUGGCAUUCUGGGGUUUACGAAGUGCAAGCAUAGUAUGAAAAUUGCCAAAGGACAUGGAACAGCUCCACAGUUACGUGGCUGACAUCUACACACUUCACAGUGUACUUGCUCUGAACAUAAUGAGAAGACAUCAUCUGCAUUUAUGGUUUAUGAAAAUCUGCAUUUCAAAUCUACAAUUCAAAGAAAGUUGUUAAAAAUGUUUUAGCAGCUUGUAAUUUUUGUGAAGAUGCUGAAUAAAGAUGGUACAAAAUGAAA